GGGAGAGAGGGGGAGCAGGGCUCUCGCCUGAGAGGUGAGGGACAGUGUCCCGUCCCUGAGGAGCCCUCUGGGCGCACGGCCUCGGGCCACUGUCUCCUGGCUUUGGGGUGCGUUUCCAGGAUGGGAGCACAAGUUCAAAGGCCCCGGGAGCAGGAAGGGAGCAGACGUACCCAGCCCCAAUCCUGACAACCCAACCAUGAAGCUCAGCGAAAAGGACCCGGCAGGUCAGAAGGAAAACGAUGCAGCCAGGAAGAGACCGGCCGAAAUUGCCACAUUUCCUGCUGGGCGCCCCCGCCCUCCCGCAUGGACUCUGCCUCCUCCUCAGAGCCAUGCCCUGGCAGAGCCUGGGUCCAGGGUCGCCGCGGCCCAGAGCCCGCAGCCGGCACGCGACAUGAGCUCCCCAGAGCUGAGCUUGGCUCCCCUCACACCAGGCCCGCGCUGCCCGGGGCCUCCGGAGAGCUCCCCGCCCAGGAGCGGGCCGGCCCCCGGGAGCAGGAGGAAGGACUGGUCCUGCUCGCUCAUCGUGGCCGCUUUCGUGGGCGCCUUCGGCUCCUCCUUCCUCUACGGCUACAACCUCUCGGUGGUGAACGCACCUGCACAGUACAUCAAGGACUUUUACAAUGAAUCGUGGGCACAAAGGCACGGACAUCCCAUAGACGCGGACACGCUGACCCUGCUCUGGUCCGUGACAGUGUCCAUCUUCGCCAUUGGUGGACUCGUGGGCACGUUGAUGAUGAAGCUGAUCGGAAAAGUUCUUGGGAGGAAGCACACUCUGCUGGUCAACAACGGGUUUGCAGUGGCGGCCGCAGUGCUCAUGGCCUUUGCCCUCCAGGCUGGUGCCUUCGAGAUGCUCAUCCUGGGCCGCUUCAUCAUGGGCGUGGAUGGAGGCAUCUCCCUCAGCGCGCUCCCCAUGUACCUGAGCGAGAUCUCACCCAAGGAAAUCCGGGGCUCCCUGGGACAGGUCACCGCCAUCUUCAUCUGCAUUGGCGUGUUCGCCGGGCAGCUGCUGGGCCUGCCUGAGCUGCUGGGAAAGGAGAGCACCUGGCCCUACCUGUUUGGAGUGAUCGCCGUCCCCGCCCUGGUCCAGCUGGUGAGCCUGCCCUUCCUUCCCGAGAGCCCUCGCUACUUGCUCUUUGAGAAGCACGACGAGGUGGGAGCCGAGAAAGCUUUCCGGACCUUCCUGGGCAAAGAGGACGUCUCCCGGGAGAUGGAGGAGGUGCAGGCCGAGAGCCGCGUGCAGAGGAAUGUGCAGCUGGUGUCCGUGCUGCAGCUUCUCCGGAGCCCCUUCGUGCGCUGGCAGGUCGUCACCGUGGUGGUCACCAUGGCCUGCUACCAGCUCUGCGGCCUCAACGCGAUUUGGUUCUACACCAACAGCAUCUUUGGGAAAGCUGGGAUCCCUCCGGAAAAGAUCCCCUACAUCACCUUGAGCACCGGGGGCAUCGAGACCUUGGCUGCCAUCUUCUCUGGCUUGGUCAUCGAGCGCCUGGGACGGAGACCGCUCCUCAUCGGUGGCUUUGGGCUGAUGACGCUCUUCUUCGGAAUCCUCACCGUCACGCUGACGCUGCAGGACCGCGCCCCCUGGGUCCCUUACCUGAGCAUCCUGUGCAUCCUGGCCAUCAUCGCCUCCUUCUGCAGCGGCCCAGGUGGCAUCCCCUUCAUCCUGACGGGCGAGCUCUUCCAGCAGGCCCAGCGGCCGGCCGCCUUCCUCGUGGCGGGCAGCGUCAACUGGCUGUCCAACUUCGCCGUCGGGCUGCUCUUCCCUUUCAUCCAGAAAAGUCUGGGCACCUACUGUUUCCUGGUCUUUGCCACGAUCUGCCUCGCAGGUGCAGUCUAUUUCUAUUUUGUCCUGCCUGAGACCAAAAACAGAACCCAUGCAGAAAUCAGCCAGGCGUUUGCCAAGAGGAACAAGGCAUGCCCACCGGAGGAGAAGAUGGACUCAGCCGUGACUGACGACAAGAUAAAUGGAAGGUCGGAGCCAGACCCCACUUCCACGCUGGACAGUCCUGUCAAAAAUGGGGCUGUCUAACGUGUGAUCUCACCACUUCAGGAAGCCAAAGAUUUCUCAGUUUUUAGAAGGCUUAUACCGAAGACAUGCAACUUAGCAUCAUUACUUAUUUAAAAAUAAAUCUUCAGGAAUCUGACAUCACAACCACGUGGGCUUUAUUCAUAGCUGAAAACCCUAACCUUUCUGGAAGCUGGAAGGACUCACCCUAUAUCUCAGUAGACCCAACGUUCUUCUGUAAGAUCAAUGGCCUGCCUUCUUGAUGUCUUACCCAUGGUUUCAAAAUGAAAUUGGGGAAACAGAAUUGAAGUGUUAUUUCAAAGAGAAAAGUAGGGUCUGAUGGAGCACUAGAUGGACUGGAAACUGGUGUUCUGGUCCCAACUACCAUUAGUAGCCUUGGGCUGCCCUCAACCUGGAUCCUCAGGCCUCCAAGGACCCCUACCUUUGGUCCUGGAUGAAUGUUUCCAGAAUUCAGUGGGAAAACUCUAUACCUCCUAAUCAAUGGCUUUCCUGGUCCUGGCUCUGCCCUGUGGAUCUCAGUGCCCAGGAGAACUUGGUACCAGCCCACCAGCCUCCAGGCUUUGUCUUUCCUGGGCUAUGAGCCAUUGACUCAAGACUUCCAGCCCCAAAGCCAUCUUCACUUCAGAGUGUCAGCUGUGCUCAUAGCUAAAGCCACAGAGAGGUCUGUAUGUGCAAGACCCAGAGAGGCAGAUACCAGAAGUAACUUUCCAGUAGCUGGGGCAGGGACUGCAAAUUGUACCUUUUCAAUUGACAGAAAUACUAUUAAGAAUAACUGUGAGGUUAAACCUAAGCUUGGUGGGGAAAACAUUGUGGAUGAUUGGUAAUGUCUGCCACAGGUGCAGGUGUGAGAGGGUCAGACAGACGAGUGCAUCAUGUUUGCUAAUCCUGGAAGAGAUUUUUUCUGAAAAAAAAUAAUGCAUUAGGGUUUUCCAGAGGAAAACAUAUGCAUUCUGAAACAGAUAUGAUUUAUUUUAAGGCAUUCAUGUAAAUAUAUAUUCAUACAUAUGAUUUAUCACGAGGAGACUAUGAAGUCCUGCGUCUGCCAUCUGCCUCCUGGAGGCCCAGGAAAGUGAAAGGCCUGAGGGCCAUAGCAAUGGGAUGAUCUUUCCUAUGGAAUAUUCUUUCACCUUGGCCCUCUCCUUGGUUGCCAACUCAACGCGCCAUACCGUCCAGUUUUGGUCUGGCUGGGAAAUUUGAACAGUGGCUGUCAAGGAGGACAGAAAGAUGUAUGGACACAAAAAGAGCCUCAGACCAAAAAGGCCAAAUAAAGUGUAAA